CCCUUAUUUUCACUCCAUUCAUCAAGUGAAAACAAAAAGACCCGAAAAUGGGAAACUCUGGGUUCUCCUUCAGUUUCCUCGUGAUUUGCGCUAUCCUGUCCGUCCACGUGGCAGUUUCAACUUCGUCUCAUACGCUCGAUUUUGUCGGCAACCAUUUUCUCCCGACUAAAUCGGAAUGCCGCGGAUCCAUCGCCCAGUGCCUGAUGCUAGGUGGGGAGGAAUCCUCGGACUUCGACGCCGAGUUCUCCAUGGGCUCCGAAAUCAGCCGGCGCAUUUUAGCAACGACACGUUACAUUAGCUACGGUGCGCUGAGGAGAAACACGGUGCCAUGCUCGCGACGUGGCACGUCGUAUUAUAACUGCCAACCGGGAGCUCAGGCAAAUCCCUACUCUCGCGGGUGCAGUAGAAUUACCCGCUGUCGGCGUUAGAUUUAUUCUACUAUUUU